GCAUCUCGAAGCAUGAAGAAGAAAGCCCGCCAUCAGCGCCCAGCGGCGCUAAAGAGGGACUCGUCACCCAUCAAGCCGUCACCCAACCGGGAGACGUUGACAUAUGCGCAGGCCCAACGCAUGGUGGAACUGGAGGUGGAUGGCCGUGUGCACCGACUGAGCAUCUUCGACAAGCUGGACAUCAUCAAUGACGAAGACCCAACAGCGCAGGAGAUCCUGGAGUGCAACAGCAACAAGGAGAACAGUGAGAAGCCCCAGCAGGUCUUGGUGCGCUCGGUGCGCCUCAAAAACAGCCAGCGCAAGAAGAACGCCACACUGGCACCCCCGCAAGGCACCUCACAGUCACAACCCCCUGUCACCCUGCUGGAACCCAAAGUGAGGACAGUGGAGUACAAUUUGCCUGUGGUACCCAAGAGGCCGUCUGCAUACUAUAAGUAUAUGGAGCGGACGGAGGAGGAACUGGAUGAGGAGGUUGAGUACGACAUGGACGAGGAGGACUACGCCUGGCUGGAGUUGCUCAAUGAGAAGCGCAAGAGCGAGGGCAUCAGCCAGGUGUCCAACAACCUGUUCGAGUUCCUCAUGGACCGUUUCGAGAAGGAGUCGUACGCCGCCACCCAGGGCCUGAGCGAAGCGCAGUCGCUGGUGGAUGAGGACGCCGUGUGCUGCGUGUGCAUGGACGGCGAUGGCGCUGACAGCAACGUCAUCCUCUUCUGUGACGCCUGCAACAUUGCCGUCCACCAAGAGUGCUAUGGUGUGCCCUACAUCCCUGAAGGCCAGUGGCUGUGCCGCCACUGCCUGCAGCGUCCGGCGCGGCCUGCAGAUUGUGUCUUCUGCCCCAACCGGGGUGGCGCCCUCAAGAAGACGGAUGACGGCCGCUGGGGCCAUGUGGCCUGCGCCCUCUGGGUGCCUGAGGUGGGCUUCUCAGACACGGUGUUCAUCGAGCCCAUUGACGGCGUGCGCAACAUCCCGCCCGCUCGCUGGAAGCUAACGUGCUACCUCUGUAAGGAGAAAGGGGCUGGUGCCUGCAUCCAGUGUGACCGCGUCAACUGCUAUGCCGCCUUCCACGUCAGCUGCGCCCAGAAGGCUGGCCUUUUUAUGAAGAUGGAGCCAAUCAAAGAGGAGACACCCCCUGGCACCUUCUCUGUCAAGAAAACUGCGUACUGUUGCAGCCACACACCAGACGGCUGCGACCGCCGCCCACUCAACAUCUAUAAGGAGCAUCACCCCAAGAACGGCGCUUGCCACAAGCGUACCGAACGGCGCGGCAGGGCCCGUGCCAAAGCCUGGUACAAGAAGCGCAGCAAGCGGACUGAGCCCCUGCCAGAACCCCAACCGGAACCUGGGGGCCCUGGCAGCUCAGGACCCAGUAUCACGGCCUCCAGUUUGGACACCAUCCUGAAAGAAGUGGCAGUACAGAAGAAACGUCCAUUCGUUGAACGUGUUCUGAGUUACUGGGUGUUGAAGCGGCAGUCCAGGAAUAAUGUCCCACUUAUUCGUCGCCUGCAGGCCAAUCCACCCCAGACUCCCAAGUCCUCGUCGGCGGAUCGCUCAAAGACCAACAAGGUGCUAAAGGAGCAGCUGAAGGAGUGGCACCGACUCAGACAUGACCUGGAGCGAGCACGAUUGCUGCUGGAGCUCAUCAGGAAGAGGGAGAAGCUCAAGAGAGAGGAGAUGAAGCUGCAGCAGUCAGCGCUGGAAGUCCAACUAACACCGUUCAACAUCCUGCUGAGGGCAGUGCUUAGCCAGCUACAGCAGAAGGACCACUACAAUGUCUUUGCCCAGCCAGUUAGCACCGUGGAGGUCCCUGACUACUUGGACCACAUCAAGCAGCCAAUGGACUUCUCCACAAUGAGGUCACGCAUAGACAGUCAUGCCUACUGCAACCUGGAUGACUUUGAGGCCGACUUUGAUUUGAUCAUUGCCAACUGCAUGAAGUAUAACGCCAAGGAGACUUUCUUCUACAAGGUGGCCCAGAGGAUGCAGGACCAAGGAGGCGUAAUCUUACGCCGUGCCCGAAAGGAGAUUGAAAGGAUUGGCUUUGAUUUCCCCAGCGGCCUCUUGCUCGCUGAGGCCCCCAAAGUGGAGGUGCCUCCCCCCUUCACCUGGGAGGAUGUGGAUCGCCUGCUGAGCCCGUCAUACCGCCGCCUGACGCCGCUGGAGGAUCAGCUAAAGGAACUCCUGGAAAAGUUGGAUCUCAGCACAGCCAUGAAGAACAGUCCGUCUCGUAGCAAGAGGCUCAAGCUGCUCAAGAAGACCAUCAUGGAGGUCCGAAGCGAGAUGGGCCUCAAGAAGUCUCUACCGCCGACACAACCGGUCAUAGAGAGACCGCCUCCUGAACCUUCGGAGUCUCUCCCCGCUCCUGAGGUGAGCGGUUCCACUCCGCCGACGUUAGAAGCGCCUCUGGCAUCGACGCAAUCAGAAGUGCCGUCGCCACCACCUGACCUGGGACCACCCUCCUUGAAGCCUGUGGAGCACCCUCCUACGGAGCCAGGUGACAUCACUUGCACCUCAGCUACCUCAGCGCCUUGCCCCAAGCUCAACGGGCACCUCUCUAAUGGCGACGAAGCCGAGGAACAGAACAAUGUCCUCUUGCGCAAGUCCAAGAGCAUCAGCCCGCAGAAACCACCCAAGGGCAAGGAGGUGUCCGCCACCCCCUCGCUGUCCCCGCCCUCGCCAUUGGGUGCCAAAACUUUCCUAUCGGUGGUCAUCCCUCGACUGGAGACCCUCCUGCUGCCCAAGAAGCGGCCGAGGAGUAGCAAUGUCGAGGGUGAAGACGAUGAAGAGUCGCCUAUCAAGCGUCUGGGUACAGGGAUUGCCAAUGGUUUUGUGGUUGAGGAAGAGGAGGAAGCCCCGCUGCCUCGAUUACUAGAACCUCGACGCCGCUGCGCCUCUGAGUCUAGCAUCUCCUCGGGUGGCAGCGUCUUGUCCGGCGCCAGUUCUGCGGCGGCCUCCAAAAGCAGCAAAGUACGACCGGCGGCAGCCCGACGAAACACUGUGGAUGACAAAAGUGCUCUGAUAUCGUGCGUCGAAAAUGGAGAGCUCAAUCACGCUGUCAAGAUCUCGUCAGAACUUAACGCUACACAGGCGUGGAAGCCCUCGACCGCCUUCCCCUUUGUUGUGGAGCCUCUUAAGAUAGUUUGGGCUAAAUGUAGUGGAUAUCCCUCCUAUCCCGCCCUGAUCAUGGACCCGCAAGCACAGAGGAUGGGGCGGCGGCGGUACAACGGGGUGGGGCAGGCGGAGCUUCCCCUCCCGCCGCGGGACGUGCUCCGAACCGGCGAGCGGAUGCAGUUCAGGUCCGCCGAGAAACUCUUCCUCGUCCACUUCUUCGACAACAAGCGCAGCUGGCAAUGGCUUCCUAGAUCGAAGAUGUCUCCGUUCGGUGUGGACCACAGUCUGGACCGUAUCAAGCUGCUGGAGUCUGGCCGCUCUCACCUGCAGAAGUCUGUGCAGCGAGCCUUCGAACGGGCCAUGAAGCACCUCAAAGACGGCAAUACGAGUGGCCAGCGGGAGAGCGACAGCAACUGA